AGUUCUGUUGUUGUAUAAUCUCUCUCUCUCUCUCUCUCUCUCUCUCUCUCUCUCUCUCUCUCUCUCUCUCAUGUGUCUACACGCUUCCUAUCUCAUUUUUUCAUGUCGUUAGGUAGGGCUGCUCACCUUCCUUUCGUGAGGGCUUUCUCUUUUCCAGACCCACAGUCGCAUAGAGCUGAAAAUAAAUAAAAAAGUUACAACCCAAAAAAUCAGCUCAUACAAGCACUAUAUAGAAUAGAACUUGACCGAAUCACUCAGACUCUAUCCUUUGUUCUCAUUCCUAUCUCUCUGAUACCCAUCCUCUUAGGAGUCUAAUUCCUCUUCAUUUGUUUUGGCUGUUUCUCAAAUGAGGGCAAUCACAGCAAAAUCCCCUCAUGACUCUUCAUUCUCAUUCUCUAGGAGGUACUUCAGUUGGAAGAGGAAGGUGGAAGACGAAGAUGACAAUGAUGAGGAAAUCCUAACUUUCAGCUCCUCCUCCCAUGCUUGUGAUCAGGAGGAGCUAAAGGUUCGCCAGCUCGACUUCCCAGUGCCAGCACUAACUACUGUAGCGAAGGCACCGGUGAAGAAGAAGAAACUGGCUAAGUUGCGAUGGGCUCUUGCUGUUUUUGGCAGCAAGAACCGAUCGCAACGCCACGCUGCGGGUCUGGGCACCCGAGUGGUGGGGACCCUGUUUGGUUACAGGAGGGGGCACGUCCAUUUCGCGUUCCAGGAGGAUCCCAAGUUGAAUCCCGCCUUUCUUGUCGAAAUUGCGAUGCCGACGAGUGUUCUCGUUAGGGAAAUGGCAUCCGGGCUAGUCCGAAUCGCGCUCGAGUGCGAGAAGAAGAAAACAGAGAAGAAAGUGGGGAAAUUGCUUGAGGAGCCCAUCUGGAGGGCAUAUUGCAAUGGGAAGAAAUGUGGGUACGCAAUGAGGCAUGACUGUGGGCCCGAUGAGUGGAAGGUGUUGAACGCGGUCGGGCCGGUUUCGAUGGGCGCCGGAGUGUUGCCGGGUUGUGGCGAUGGGUCCGGGUCCGGGUCGGAGGGCGAGCUCAUGUACAUGAGAGCUAAGUUUGAGAGAGUUGUGGGGUCAAAAGAUUCGGAAGCUUUCUACAUGAUGAACCCUGAUGGCCAUGGGGGUCCUGAACUCAGCGUUUACUUGAUUAGGGUUUAGUUCUGGUCACUUGCCAUGUCCAAUUUGAGCUUCAAGUUUUGAUGUUUUCAUCAAUAAAAGGUUCAUUCUCUCCAUAAAAGCUAUGCCUUUCUUUUCUUUAAAAUGUCUUUGUUUUCAUUAAUGGUGAAUGGGAAAAUCAUUGUUCCUUUUUUCUUUUUC